AUGGCUCCAAACGCAAACAUACCCAUCAUUGAUGUCUCAAAGGCCGUUGACGAGGCGGAUGUGGCGCGCCGAGUCGUUGAUGCAGCUGCCGAGCAUGGCUUCAUCUAUAUCAAGAACACCGGUGAUUUCAUAGGCUUGUCUGAUAUUGACGGUGCUUUCGAUCUUGUCGGAGACUACAAAGAAGCCUUCAACUUUGGAGAGUUUGCCGAUGGCAAGGCCCAGCAACCCCUGCCCGCCACCAUUCAGCCAGACGAGCCCCAAGUCAACUCCUUCCGCGAACAGUGCCACUCUCUCUGCCUCCGUCUUCUCUACCUUCUCGGCCUUGGCCUCGAUGUCUCGCCCCCCGACUUCUUCUCCAGCGCCCACCUUCCCUCCCGUGGCUCCUCCGGCACCAUCCUUCGCCUCCUGUACUACCCAGCCACCUCUGCCUCCAACGCCGCCCCCGACGCAGUUCGCGCGGGCGCCCACUCGGACUACGGUUCCAUCACCCUCCUCUUCCGCCUCGAGGGUCAGGCCGGCCUCGAGAUCCUCACGCGCGAGAACGCCUGGGCUCCCGUCCCCGUUCGGCCCCCCGGUACCGAGGACGACGCCCUCCCACCCAUCCUCGUCAACAUUGGCGAUCUGCUGAGCUACUGGACAAACGGCUUGUUCCGGAGCACCGUCCAUCGCGUCGUCUUUUCUGGUGACGCCGCGCCCGUGGAAGGCGAGUCUGACACGGGGCCGAGAUAUUCAAUUGCCUUCUUCUGCCACCCUGUAGGUGCGACGGCAUUGGAGCCAGUGCCCACUGACCGAGUGAAGACUUUCAACCCCGAAGCUGGAACGCCGAACGCAAACCCAUAUGCCGAGAGAAAAGUGGUGACGGCCGAUGAACACCUGCACAUGCGACUGAAGGAAAGCUACAAGGACCUGUAUAAGGAGGAGGAGCAGGCCAAGGCAUAA